CUCUACAUUUUUUCUUUGUGCUUAUAUAUUUGGGAGGGGAAGUUUCUAGUGGCGUCGCCUAAAAUCUCUGAAGCAAUUUGGCAGUGAUUCUUAAUAGUUCAGUAUGUCAGAUUCUUGUUACAGGUCUUGUCAAUCAGAAUAAUUUGAAAGACUGUUGUUGUUCUUGUUGUUGUGAUGGAUAGAAACAGACCACCACAUCCGUUCCAGCAACAUGCCAUGGAACCUGGAUAUGUCAAUGACUCUGUCCCUCAAGGAUUUACGCCUGAUCAAACGGGUAUCACGAAUGCCAAUCUCCGACCUCAUCCUGCAGAUGUUAAGCCGGGGCUUCAUUACUCCAUACAAACAGGGGAGGAAUUUUCUCUGGAGUUUCUACGCGAUAGGGUGAUUUCUCAAAGGUCUGCAAAUCCCAUUUCAGCUGGAGAUAUGAAUUAUCCCACAGGUUAUAACGGGCACGCAGGGUCUGAAUUUGGUUCAGAUGUUUCGAGGAUGAGCAUGGUUGGAAAUGGCAUGAGGCAGUAUGAGAGAACAAACCCCACGGGUCACGAGUUUGGAAAUAAACUUGGGCAUAUCCAUUCAGCACCAGAAGCUUCAUUAUGUCAAGAUAGAAGUUUAGGAAAUUUUCAUGGAUAUGCAUCUUCUUCAGCCUCAGGUAGUUUAACAACAAAGGUUAAAGUCCUUUGUAGCUUUGGUGGGAAAAUACUUCCACGUCCAGGUGAUUCAAAGCUUAGAUAUGUUGGAGGUGAAACACACAUUAUUUCCAUAAGAAAGGACAUAUCUUGGCAGGAGCUCAGGCAAAAAGUUCUUGAAAUCUACUAUCGGACUCAUGUUGUCAAGUAUCAACUUCCUGGUGAAGAUCUUGACGCCUUGGUGUCUGUAUCAUGUGACGAAGAUCUACUGAAUAUGAUGGAGGAGUAUAAUGAAAUGGAAAACCGUGGGGGUUCGCAAAAGCUUAGAAUGUUUCUGUUCUCUGUGAGUGAUUUGGAUGGUGCUCUUCUGGGGGUUAACAAAAAUGAUGUUGACUCUGAGUUCCAGUAUGUUGUAGCUGUUAAUGACAUGGACCUUGGAUCAAGAAGCAACUCAACCCUUAAUGGAUUGGACAGCUCUUCUGCAAACAAUUUAGCUGAGCUGGAUGUCAGGAACACCGAGGGAAUCAAUGGUGUUGGCCCUUCGCAGUUAACAGGGGUAGAUUACCAACAAUCCUCUAUACAGUAUUCUGAGUCUGCUCCACCAACCUCCUUUGCUCAGUAUCCUCAAUCUAUUCCACAUAAUGCUGCAUUUCAGUUUCAGCAAGCUGUUCCCCCAAAUGCUACUCUUCAGUAUGCCCAGUCCAACCCACCAAGUUCGUCUAUCCACUAUCCUCAAUCUAUUCUACCAAAUUCCACUCUUCAGUAUCCACAAUCGAUCUCAUCCGGCUCGUAUGGAAUAUACCCACAAUAUUAUGGAGAAAGAGAGCAAUUUCCAAUGCAGCAUCAUGAUCCCAAUUCUUCUAAUUACUCUAUUCCCAUGCCUUUCCAAGGGCAGCCAUACCCUCACCCUGGCAUCACACAGCAAAACGCACCAGUUCAGGUAGAGGAGCCAAACAUAAAACCUGAGACGAAAGUUCGUGAUUAUGUUGAGCCUGAAAAUCGUCAAAUUCUGGCAAAUAAUCACCAGAAUCUUCCUCAAGCGGAUGAUACUGAGGUUAAGAAUCGGGAGGCAUCAGUUGCAACAACUGUACCCAGCCAGGAUGCUGCACAUAUGUUGCCCCCAAGAAGAGACACACGGCAGAACAAUCCUGUGAAGCCUUCUACCUACCGUGAUGCUGUUAUUACUGAGCAGGUUCCUCUAUCCGGUGAAGAUGAUCAGCUUUCAUCAUCAAGUGGUACCUGUGGUCUUGUUCAUACCGACUCUGAAUCGAAUCUAAUUGAUCUUGAUUAUCCAGAACCUUUACAGCCUACCCGGAGGGUAUAUCGUUCGGAGAGGAUUCCUCGUGAACAGUUGGAAAUGCUAAACCGCUUGUCAAAGUCUGAUGACUCACUUGGUUCUCAGUUCUUAAUGUCUCAUUCACAAGCUAGCACUGGACAGCAAGAACCAGCAAAAGAAGCAGCGGGUAAAUCACAUGAAGAUUCCCAUAUUGUUAAUGAUGUGGAAAACAUCUCUGGAAAAGUAGGGGCAUCAAAUGAAACCGUGGACAAAAUAACGGUCAAUGGUGGAGGUAUUGAGCCUGAAGCUCGUAACUUGAGCCAUGUAGACACAGAAAUGAGUCUCGAUAUCCCUGAAAAGCAAACUUCUUCAGGUGUUCUUAUUGAUAUCAAUGACCGGUUCCCUCAGGACUUCCUUUCUGAAAUAUUCGCAAAGGCACUCUCUGAUGAUAUGCCGCCAGGUGGCAAUCCAUAUCAGCAUGAUGGAGCUGGUGUUAGCUUGAAUGUAGAGAAUCAUGAUCCUAAAAAUUGGUCUUAUUUUCGGAAUCUGGCCGAGGAGCAGUUUAGCGAAAGGGAUGUUGCUUAUAUUGACCGAACCCCUGGCUUUCCAUCUGACAUGGAAGAUGGUGGAGAAAUCGCCAGAUUGCAUCAGGUUGCUCCGUUGACAGAAAACCGUGUGGAUCCUCAGAUGAAUGUCACAGAGAGUGAGGAAUUUGGUGCUAUGGUUGAGAACUUAAGGACCUCAGACUGUGAACAUGAGGAUGAAAAGACAGAAACAAGGAACGCUGGACUUCCCCCAGUUGGCCCGUCUCUGGCAGAUUACGACACGAGUGGCUUGCAGAUCAUUAUGAAUGACGAUCUCGAGGAGCUAAAGGAGCUUGGUUCUGGCACAUUCGGUACAGUGUAUCAUGGGAAAUGGAGAGGAUCAGAUGUUGCCAUCAAAAGGAUAAAGAAGAGUUGCUUUGCUGGCCGAUCAUCUGAGCAAGAAAGAUUAACUGGUGAAUUCUGGGGAGAAGCUGAAAUUCUUUCAAAGCUUCAUCAUCCAAAUGUGGUUGCAUUUUAUGGUGUUGUAAAAGAUGGCCCUGGCGCAACAUUGGCUACUGUAACAGAGUACAUGGUUGAUGGUUCUCUGAGACAUGUUCUACUUAGGAAAGAUAGACACCUGGAUCGUCGCAAGAGACUAAUCAUUGCCAUGGAUGCUGCCUUUGGAAUGGAAUAUUUGCACGCCAAAAACAUUGUUCACUUCGAUUUGAAAUGUGACAAUUUACUUGUGAACCUCAAAGAUCCUUCUCGCCCAAUCUGCAAGGUUGGUGAUUUCGGUUUGUCAAAAAUUAAACGAAAUACAUUGGUAUCUGGUGGUGUACGCGGAACCCUACCAUGGAUGGCACCAGAGCUUCUCAAUGGUAGCAGCAGCAAAGUUUCAGAGAAGGUCGACGUCUUCUCUUUCGGUAUAGUCUUGUGGGAGAUUCUAACCGGGGAGGAACCAUAUGCUAAUAUGCACUACGGGGCUAUAAUAGGUGGGAUAGUGAACAACACACUGAGGCCGACCAUACCGAGCUACUGUGACUCGGACUGGCGAAUAUUAAUGGAGGAGUGUUGGGCGCCUAACCCAACAGCACGGCCAUCCUUCACGGAGAUAGCUGGUCGGUUACGUGUUAUGUCAACUGCAGCUACUUCGAACCAAUCCAAACCACCAGCCCACAAGGCUUCAAAGUGAAACAGAGUCGAGAUUUUAUAGGUUUCUCUUUACUCUUUCCAAGUGUUUUUGGGUCAGGAGGGAGAUAUUUGUU